AAAAGAACAAAUACUCAAAACAAAGGAAGUGGUCCUCAACCACAGGAAGCAGGAAGUGUCUGCUGGGUCCUCGGCUGAAGCCCAGGGACAGUGGGAUGGAGUCCGUAGCCCUGUACAGUUUCCAGGCCACAGAGAGUGAUGAGCUGGCCUUCAACAAGGGGGACACGCUCAAGAUCCUGAACAUGGAAGAUGACCAGAACUGGUACAAAGCGGAGCUCCGAGGAGCUGAGGGUUUUGUUCCCAAGAACUACAUCCGUGUAAAGCCACACCCGUGGUACUCGGGCAGGAUUUCUCGGCAGCUGGCUGAAGAGACUCUGAUGAAACGGAACCACUUAGGAGCCUUCCUGAUCAGGGAGAGCGAGAGCUCCCCUGGCGAGUUCUCCGUCUCUGUGAAUUAUGGUGACCAGGUGCAGCACUUCAAAGUGCUUCGAGAGGCCUCAGGGAAGUACUUCCUGUGGGAAGAGAAGUUCAACUCCCUCAACGAGCUGGUCGACUUCUACCGAACCACCACCAUUGCCAAGAGGCGGCAGAUCUUCCUGUGUGAUGAGCAGCCGCUGCUCCAGCCGACGCGGGUCUGCUUUGUCCAGGCCCAGUUUGACUUCUCAGCACAGGACUCAUCUCAGCUCAGCCUCCGCAGAGGUGACAUCGUGGAAGUUGUGGAGUGUGGGGACCUGCACUGGUGGCGGGGCCGGGCUAGAGGGCGCCUGGGUUUUUUCCCACGGAGCUACGUGCAACCAGUUCACCUGUGACCCCACAAGACCACAGGAGUGGAUGCUCCAGGCUCAGCCUCUUCACACUAACCAGGACUGAUGUUGGUAACAACCAGGCUGGUUGCUGGGUUCAUGACAUCAACUGCUACCCACAAGAUGCAGCCUUUCCAGGCUUGAGGACCCACUGCUAAUGGCUAGGGCCCAGCUCAGAGAGUGCUCUCUUGAGCAGCCACCUGCUGCCCUACUUCCAAAAGCACCCUCCAGGUUGUGCAAGUUGCUGGGAAUGUGGGCUUAGCCCUGAGCGACCUGGACUUCCAUGAGGGUGCAGGGUAGUUUCUUCUUCUCCAACAACUUGGGGCCUCCUGGCCUUACCCCACCAGCCCCAGAUGAAGCUAUAUAGAGGUAAAUCUCAUUGGAAGAGGCCUGUUAGGGACAGGAGCCACACAGUGGGUCCCUUCCUGUUGGCUGCAGAGAAAGCCCAGCCUGGGUGCCUGGGCUAUGCUGGUCCUAGAGGAACAGACACCUAUGGCCAGCACUGAGUGAAUGUGAAGUCCAAGGAGGUGAUGCCUGGCCAUCGGAGGGACCCUGAGCUGACUGCCCAGAGUCAGAGCACCUUAAAGUUGAGAAAAACUGAGUCAGACUUGACAAGGCCUGGCAUGGUAGUAGGCUUUGUGUGUGUGUGUGUGUGUGUGGUGGAGUGCAGAGAGAGAGAGAGACAGAGAGAGAGAGCACGUGCCUCUGUGGUUGUCUUUAGUCCUUGAAGAGCCCAGGUUGCAAGGGUUCUCCCUGAGUCCAGGCUGGCCCAAGACCCUUCAAGCUCCGAGCCUAGCAUACCCUAUGCUCCGAACCCAUACCUGCAUAUUCAAAAUAAAACAUUAACCAGUAGACAUCCAA